AUGUCUCUCGUCAGUGAGCUGCUGAAAUCGGCUGCCCUGCCUUCCAAUGCUAUCGCUUUAACUGUGGCAUUUUUUUCAAUAUAUAUCGCAUACUGGAUCGCGGUUGCGAUAUACCGAUUGACUUUACAUCCACUUUCGAAGUUCCCUGGGCCAUUUCUCUGUCGAAUCUCCUGGAUAUACCAGAUUUACUAUGAAGCGAUAUUGAAUGGACGAAUGCUCGAACGACUUCCUGCAUUACAUGCCAAAUAUGGGCCUGUUAUCCGAAUAAACCCAAAUGAGGUCCAUAUAAAUGAUCCCGAGGUAUACCAUACUAUCUACAAGCAACAAACACAGUUUGUCAAAGAUCCGUACGCCUAUAAGCUGGGAGCACCAAAUUCCUUGAGUAUGACACUUGACCCAGAAAAGCAUAAGCAUCGAAGAGAGAUUCUGAACCCAUCUUUUUCGAAAAGACGGGUACACCUGCUUGAGAAUAUAAUGUAUGAAGAAAUGGAUAAGGUGUUUGAGAAAAUUCUGCCAGUUAUUGAGAAUAACGAGCCAGUGCCCAUUCAAGAUGCCUACUAUUGUUACACUGGUGAUGUGAUAUCACGAUAUCUUUUUGGAAAGAGUUUAAAUCUGAUCGAACUCCCAAAUUUUGCUGCAGAUCGCAUUGCUCAACUCAGGUCCUUUACGUCGAGUAUAUGGGUUUCAAUCCACAUCAGCUUGGUUCGAAACAUUAUUCUUUCUAUGCCCCGCAGCGUUGCCAAUGUUGUGGCUUCCGGCUGGAUGAAAAUUGUCUGGUUCUGUGAAACUGUUGCGGCGGAGGCAAUCGAGGACCACAAAGUCAAUGGGGGGAAGGAAAAGGAGUUGGGUGAAGAAAAUAUAUUUGAUCGAAUGCUUAAUGAUAACGUGAAGAGAGAGAUCUUAGGAAAGCAAUCCCGACCUAUUGGUUUUCAUGAUCUGGCAGACGAAGGCGCUUCAGUUUUGGUUGCCGGCACUGAGACUACUGCAACCACCAUUGCUUUUGCAACCUACUAUAUGUUGUUAUUCCCUGAAAAACGACGUAAGGUGCUUGAAGAAAUUGCUACAGUCGAGAGAGAUGCGAAUGGCCGUCUACCUCUUGUAAAACUCGACGCUCUACCUUAUUUAACCGGAGUUAUCAAAGAGACACUUCGAUACACCAACGGCGUUCCUGGACGUCUUACCCGUGUUGUUCCUAAAGGUGGUCUUUUUGUGCCUGCAAUCAAUGACUAUAUUCCGGAAGGGUGUGUGGUAGGCAUUAGCCAUAAUCUUAUCCAUACGAGCCCAAAGAUUUUUGAAGACCCCUUGGAAUUCAAACCGGAGCGCUGGCUGGGACAAAAAGGCAAGGAGCUAGAUCACUGGAUGCUCGCUUUCUCGAAAGGAGCUCGGGACUGUAUUGGCAAGAACCUUGCAUACGCAGAAGCCUAUAUCGUGAUUGCGAACAUUCUCACCAAAUUCGACCUUGAACUUUUGCCGGGAACUGCCAAAGACAUGGAAAUACUGGACCGUGUAAUUGUACAUUCUCGUCGGAAUUUGCGGGUCAAAAUGAGACUCAAGAAGAUGAGUGCGUGA